AUGGUAGCUGCGUUUUUGUACAAGGAUCUGCAUGACCUACUUGUGACAGAUCAAGCCAUAAGGAGUGAAACAGACAACCAAAGGUGCCGUUAUUUUCAUAUUACUCCAUGUCGUUUACCUCUAAAAACACAUAACACGGAAACACAUAAGAUCUAAGUUCAACUAAACUGAACUGACACACUUUCCAAAAACCCUAGCUAGAGUUGGAAGACUCCUGCUUGUCUCUGACCAUUCCACCUUCAUGAAAAAUUGGCUAAUUGAAUCUACCAAAAAAUAUGUAAUAUUGCUUCCGUGGUUCUGGUCCAUUUUUAACUACAAUUUCUUCAUAGGUAUAUCAACUCCAGGAUAAUGGCCGUAACUAUGGACCCCAAGCCAGAGAAAUUGCGAGAAAAUGUCAUCCUAAACUUCAAAAACCUAAAGGUAACAUGAAAAUAAGCUCCUAUGCGUUGUUUUGGUGUAUUCUGACAAGAUAAAAUCUAUUUUCAGGUCUUGACAGCAGAGAAGCGCUGUAUGUUUUGGAGUGGCCCCAGCAAAAGGUAAAAAAACUACAAUAUAUUAUUGAAUAGUAUUUAUUCCUUCUUAAAUUAAAUUGAGUAUGGAGGAGAAUGAAUGAACUUUCUCAGAUGUUUUGUCAAACAUCACCUCUUACCCAAACGAUGAAUAAUUUUUUAACUUUACUCUUUUUUCAUGUGUGACAGUUUUUCAGAGGAAGGUUGUCAUGUAGUUACAUCAAAGAGUAACUCAAAAGAAACAGUUUGCAGUUGCAAUCAUUUGACGCAUUUUGCCGUCUUACUGGACUACGACGGUAGCACAAAGGUAAUAAAGUUAUUUUUGCCUUACUUAAUAGUUUUAUGGGCUCAAUGAACUAACUCAAUGUUGUCCUUUAAUUUUUCUUUUCUUGACACAGCUCACCGAGGAGGACGAAACAAUUCUGAAAGUUGCCACCUACGUGGGACUGAGCCUUUCCAUAAUCGGGAUACUUUUAACAUUAAUACUUUAUUCUUGCCUCACGUAAGCAAUGCACUCGAUUAAUAAUGAGGUAGAUUCUUAACUCCCCUCAACAAGGCUGGUGAUAAAAGAGAUCUCAAUGCCAGUCUCCAUGCAAACAAGAACAGUCAUGUCGGAUAAUUCACAAACUCAAGCUACAUUUCAUGCCCCAUCACGAACUUUUGAACAACUAAUGGUUUCACUUUUUAUGAAUUUUUUAGGCUUUAGACAUUUUCUUCGUAAUAUUUUCUUUUUUUGUCCUCUCUGGAGCUAUUUACUGACUUUCUUCUUUUUUCCUUCGCUGUCAAGAUUUAGUUAAUUUUUUCCCAUUUUUUCCUGUGUGUUGUUGCUUUUGUCUCAUUCAUUCUUCUUGUUUUUAAUAUUAUUUUACCAGAGAUGUUCGUAAACCUCUCUCUCAAAUUCGACUGAGUGUUUCUAUUUCCCUUGGAGCUGGACAGAUUAUCUUCCUAGCCGGAAUAAACGCCACUGAAAACAAAGUAAGUAGCCUCUCCUUCUAUCCAUAGAAGCAAUUUCCUCUUUACACUCUAAAUAUCUUGUCGAAAGAAGCACAUUUAGAAUUAUACCAAAAAACUCUUUCUUUUUACAGGCUGCCUGUAUUACAAUAGCAGCUCUGAUGCAGUAUUUCUUGAUGGCCGCUUUCUGUUGGAUGCUGAUCGAGGGAAUUUAUUUCUACUUCUUUGUUGUGAAAGUUUACAACAUUAACACCAAGAUGUACAUGUAUCACGUCAUGUCAUGGGGUAAGUUUAUUAUUUUAAAACAUGCACUGGUAACUGUACCCAUACUUUCGGAUCGCUAAAUCUGGUGUUGUGAUGCGGUAAAAUGUUUUGAUAUCCUUCCUUUGUUUAUGGGUAGGUCUUCCAGUGAUCAUGGUGGCCAUUUCACUUGGCAUCGCUGCUGGAAAAGAAGGGUUACAAAGCUAUACGAGUGAUAAAUAGUAAGAAAAAAAUUCAAGGGUUUCUUCUUGCUCUUCUCCUUUUAAUUUGUUGCAUUUAACUCUUUGUUUUGUUUUUGGAUAUAGUUUGAAAUAGGUAUCAUUUUAUUUUCUGACAAUGUGUAUAUCUUUCUUGUGUUUCACUUCCUCGAGUUUAGUUGCUGGCUUUCCUCGACUAACAACCUGAUCUGGAUAUUUGUCGCCUUUGUGGCGUUUAUUGAAGUUGUGAGUUAAUGAUUAGUGUUGGUGAUUGUGAUUGGUAUUCCCUGGACUAAUUGCUGCGAAAGAUUUUUUCCUCUGCUCUUUAAAACGAAUUAAGUAUUUAUGAUAUGACCCAAGACAAUAUUUACCAUUUUUUUUUCCUAUUUACUCACAAAAAGCUUUGGACGUAGCCGCUGUUUGCGGGGAUGCUGGUCAAUUUUAACCUACUGAUGGUCUUCAAUAUGAGAAAAACCUGUGGAGACAAUGUCCUCACAGGCAUAAGAGAGCUUCAUAAAUUCUCCAACUUUUUUACUACACAGUAUGAACAAAAACUUCUGCCCCUUCCUUCAACGCAAAAAUAACUCGUGAAAAAAAAAAAAAACAAAAAAAAAAAUGAAAAAUGUGAAAGGAGCAGGGAGAGUAGGAUAUAUUUAUAUAAUUUAUAUAAUUUAACAUAAGGCUUUACUUGGCGUGGUUCUUUCAGUUUAGACACUUUUUUGCGCGAUUUCUUUUGCUCAUUGGCAGAGAUCGAAGCUCCUAAUCUUGGUCCCCCUGUUGGGAGCUCUAUUCCCUGUAAAUUACUCUUCAUCCCACGCUUGUUACCGAAUUAGUAACUUCCUUGGCAAAGAUCCUCCCAUACCUUGGCUAUUCGACAUCCAUAUCUAAAUAAUCGCUUUUUUUUGGUAUAUUUUAGCUCAACAUUUUGAUACUCCUACGUGUAAUAAGGGAGAUGACCAAUCUGUUGCAGCCAACAGGGGGAGACCACCAUUUUCAGCAAAUACGGUGAGAAUCACAGCAUAAAAAUAGUGGAAGACAUUGCCAUGCCCUCCUGUGGGGCUAUAUUUGCCUAGCUUUCUCAUUCCUUAAUCAGUAAGGCAUCAACAUAAAAAUUCAUUGUCAAAGGAAAGUAAAAGAAUGUUUUUUUCUAACUCCUAGUCUUGGCAUCAAAACAUGCGUGGUGAUGAUUCCCCAGCUGGGUGUCAUGUGGCUAUUCGGUCUCCUCUCGCCUGUAAAUAAAGCUUUCGCUUACAUCUUCACCAUACUUAACUCUACUCAGGUCAGUAUUCAAUGGUAACUGUUAAAAGACAUUAAUCGCUAUUAUUUAUUUUACUUUCUGACCAAGUGAGACACCAUUAGGAUGGUCAGAUUACAUUUCUUUGGAAUUUUUAAAAAAAAAAAGGUGUCAACUAUGCAAGAGAAGGCAGACUUCUUUUUCAAUUAUAAGAUGUGCAAUUUUCCUUCCUUCUUGGAAAUCUUAAUAGAUAGUUGACUAAUUUGUUUGCAAAUUGUAAAAAUUAAUGAUCUAAAAAUCAUUUUUAUGCUGCAGGGUUUCCUGAUUUUCGCUCUACACUGUAUGCGAAACACUCAGGGUAAAAAAACAUUGAACUGAUUAUUAACUUUAUAUCAUCAAGUUUUAGUGUUUCAAUAAAUAUUCGAGUGCUAAGAACCAUAUUUCGUGUUGCUCGUCUAUCUGCAGAUCAAAGAGCGAUUCAAAAGAAAGAUGAACAUCGUUUUUCCAUCUUCUAUAAAGGACAACUCCACAAGGAAGAGUCCACAGGUCAAUCUAAACGAGGUUGGGAAUGUAUGGGCAAUUUAAUUGCAGUCAUGUGCUGAAUUUGAAUCGAAAUUGUACUUAAGUUAAAUAACUUGAUUCAGCCAAUCGGAAAUAACAACCAAAUACUUAGAACAAUCACUUAGUUAACAGCAAUAAGUCGCUUACGAUCGGUCUGAGUUACGAUCUGCUGUAAAAAAAGAGGUCUGUGUCUGCAUUAUUGCUUAAGCAUUCAACUUGAUGUCUUUGUAACCGAUCAUUUUUAUGAUAAUAAGUUUAUUUUCUAGGCGAUCGUAUAUUUGCCGGCAAGAAUCAUCGAAAUAAACCAAUCUAUAAAUUUAAAUUCCUAAUGGCUCUGUAUGCUGAUGACUGCUUUGUUUCACUUACUUAGUUUAUAAACUUCGUAUCAAACACUGUUAUUAGUUUUAACUAUAGGCUUUGGAUAGUCACUGAAAUUAUCAGUUUCUAGAAAUUUCUAGAAUACGUAGUCAUGCUGACAUGCACACAAAGGAACUUUCUGCAAUAUUUUAUUAGGUUGCGUAGCUAUGGUGUAACACCACCAAAGUGGUUGUUGUAAGCUUCUGGAAUUAUCUGGAACACUUUGUACAAAGGACUCAAUCGUGCAGCAGUAGUAGUUGUUGUUGUCGGUAGUGACUGAUUUUUCAGAGAGUUCUAAUGAAAGAGAGCUACUGUGGAAGAUUGUUAAUUUCGAGGAACUUGCGAGACAACUGUGAGAUUGUGUCAGUGGUGAGCUAAGAUGUAAUUUGUAGUGGGCUUAAAUAAGUUUAUUUAGCAUAAAAGUGUACUUCCUCUAAGAGUCGCUCCUUAGUAAGAAUAUUAAAGUUGUUUAAUAGUGUUCUUUCUGUUGGUUAAAUUGUACCGUAACAAAAAAAUGCUCAUAGUAGUAGCAGCUAAAGUUGACGUUCACCGACAUUACACUUUCAAAUAAACAAAUAACUUUUAACGACAUCCCCCGUUGAACUCACCGAACCGAUUUCCCGAGACACAGACUACACCUUUUCAUAAUUAUUCUAAUUAUUCUAAUUAUUCUAAUUAUUCUAAUUAUUCUAAUUAUUCUAAUUAUUCUAAUUAUUCUAAUUAUUCUAAUUAUUCUAAUUAUUCUAAUUAUUCUAAUUAUUCUAAUCAAAUCUAUUUAAUCUAAUUAAUCUAAUUAUUCAUUUACCCUUGAAAAUGUUUCGACAAGAAACCAAACAUGCAGGAAUUUAAAGAAGCUCAUCCUAAUUCACAGAUUUUCCCGCCAAGCCUUUUUUUCCUGAUUUAACCAGCCAAUUUAAACAGACACACUAAAUCAAAGCCUAAAAUCUUAUCUUUUCUUUCUACCAACACUGUCUCUAAAUUUACUUUGUGGUGUUCGUAGAAGGUAAUUAAGGUGCCGUUUCGUAAAGUACUUAAGUAAUUAUAGGUAGGCAAGUGAGCUUAAUUAGCGAAUUGCGAGUUUUGUAUUGUAAUGUAUUGUAAGUCAUGUUCUGUUUAGUAACGUUAUGUAAGUAACAUGACGCUGUAAGUGACUGUUACUAAGUGACCGUUAGUAUAAAUAAGAAAUAAGUAAAAGUGACUAUCCAAUAAGUACAGUAAUGUAAUAAGUUGAGUGAUGUUGAGUAAUGUAAGUAGAGUAAUGUAAUGUAAGUUUAGUUUUGUACAAAUGUUUCUUCAAUAAAUGUUUAUUAAAUUAAAAAAAAAAAUAAAAAAAAUAAAGUUGACAUUCAAAGUUGUUGGUUAAUAAACAAAUAGAUGAAUACGUAAAUGGUUGAAUAAAUAAACAGCUUAUUUAAAAGGACAGAAAAACCCGCAUGAUUGGAUCGUUUUUGAUCAGUUACAUUUGCCAGUUUUAUUCUUUUUCUUUUUUUUCGCAUCCCUAAGAUAAGAAGUAGCAUUUUGAAUCGAAAAUACAUCCAAUAAUCUGGAAUUCAAUUGGGGCGAUGCUAGCCGUAAAUGGCAUUAACUAAGAGAUUAUAUUCUCUUGCGCAAACUUCAUUAAACAGCGAUUAAAGAACUUUUACACAGAGUAGACAAUUUAACGGGAAAAAGUUCAUCGAUAGAAAUGCGGAAAAUUUCCGAGGGCCUGGCUUUCAAAUAUCACUACAACGGAGAGGCUAGCAUUGAAGAGGAAUUUCAACCAGCGAAAGAAGGAGUUGAACAUGUAGAUGUGUCUAACUCGGUUUACAACAACCUAAACUACAUUGCACCUCUUUAUAAAUCAGCAUGGAUGAAGAAGCGUGCGAUUUAGGCGGAAGAAGUGAUAUCUCAAAACGUUUCAAGCUUCGAGUGGCUAACUUUAUUGCAGCUAAGGCUACUUCAUAUUUUGACCCCACCGCUCCUUCUAAAAUGUUGGAAUUCAAACAUCUGGACACAAAAGUAAUGGUCUGCAUGACGCUUUUGCAUGGGAGAGUUGUUUUGUAGGCUGAACGCUAAACUAUGGCCGUUGGCCUCCGUUGGUUUUUUGAUCAAUUAACGAUCAACUUUACGUAAACUCACAUCGAGUUCACGGUCUAAGAAAAUCGAGAAGGAAUCCUUUGACUCGGAGUUUGCCGUGCUGUAAAAAUAUUAAUACAUGUUAUUAACACAUGAGUGAAUUAAUCCAGCAAAGUUGAAGGCCAGCGAAAUAAUUACCACCACCCACCAACUGAAACGGCAGCAUAAACAAUAAUCAUUUCCGUUUAUGCAUACGAACAGAUGGCGUGCUAGCUUUAGCUGCCGUUUGAUAAAACAGAAGUUGAUUUAAGAAAACUUUCAUUUAGCGGAGCUGAUAAAGAAAUAAUCAUUCUUAACAUCAAUUAUUUUUGAGCUGCUUCUUUAUAAAAUUGGAAUUAUAAAGAGUAUUUUAAUUCCGUGAAGUUUUCCGAUUAUAUUAAGAAAAACAAUGCUUCACAUCUGGUGCAAGCUGCCUUUUAUCUAUUGUUGCCUCUUUGACGGGAAAAAAAAUGGAGACAAACGUCGGGAACAAGCUAUCAGAGAUCAUAAUUUGCAUUAAACUCUGUCUCGUGCAAAAGGGUUUUAUAAGAUGCCGUAUAUCCGCAACUCUCAAGCUGGGAGAAUCAAAUAUUAGUGUAACGAUACCUUUUAACAGCAACCUUUGCAUAUCUUGGCCAUGAUGAAGUGGAUGAUGAAUGGAACUGAAUCCGGAAAAUUUUUCAAAACUCUAUUAACAUGUUGUGUGGUGGGUAAGUACGACGCUAGUUAUUCCUGUUUGUUGUGCGGUAGCUAUAAAAUUGCGCGAUGAGUACAACUGAAUCCCACAAAGAGAGCAAAACCUUUCUUAAAAGUUGUGCGCUAGUAUAGUAGCCACCUAAUUAUAUCUUGAUUUUCCUUUUGCAAAACAUUUAUAUCGAUUUUUGAACGUCCUGUGAAGUUUGGCCGAAAGAAAAUGUCAGUUGGCGGAUAUUGGCACUGUUGAUCAAAACAAACCAGAUUCUAAAGGUGUCCGCAUUAAACUCUGAGUUCGUAAUCGGAGAAGGAUCUCUUACAAAUUGGAUUCCUGAAGCCUUUUAGAUUUCAUAUAGUGCAAAGCAAUUUAAGAUCAAAGCACAGGCGAGACAUUCAUGCUGUGGUCAUGUUGUUUGCGUCAUAGUUGUCUGCACAACAGCUUUAGCAGCCAUAUUUAGGAUAACAGGAACACGAUAACUUAGUUGCUAUCGUUUUAUACCACUAUGACACGAUGUGAAAAGGAAAAAACGUGUCGACUUCGGAUAGCUGCUGAACGUUGGACGUGCUUAGACAAGAGAUCGAACUUAAUCAUCAGGGUCCACUUAAACUGGCGUUAGAUGCAAAGUUUAACAUUCGAUCCGGUAUUUGGAAAAAAAUGUUUCAAUUGGUGUACUUUUUCCUUUCUUAUCGCAAAUUAAAACACCAUUAGUAUACAUGAAUUUCGAUAGCUGCUUUUCUGAAUGAGCUGAGGGGUUAAAGUGACGUGCACUCAGAGUCAAAUAAUUCAAACAACCCUUGAAAUUGAUUAUUUUUACGAAUUAAAAUUCAGCAAUUGAACUCCUUACAGCCACAUGGAGAUUCUUUUUUAAUUUAAGUAUAGUUCAAAUAAUAAAUAAAUUAUUAGUCAUGUUUAAUGGAUCACCCCGAAAUGAUACGAUGGUGUUCCUCAUUCUAGGGUCAUGAUCAAUGAAUUCCAGCCUAAAGCUUUCCUGAGAGCUUUCGGAUGAGGCACUAUUCAGAUGCCCAAACUGUUAGAGCUUUCAAAUUGUUGUUCAGUCAUUAACACUCGGAGUAGAUGAUUGCCGAAUGCUCGCCAAGUUGGACGUCAUGGACAAUUAAAACAUACUUCUCUUUUAAAUUAUUCUCCUUUGUACCCGAAAGCAAACUUUAUACUUAUCUCAUUGCUCUUCUUUUGUAAAAAAAUCUAUGGUGGAGGUUCCGCGGUCUGCUGAUCCAUAGUUUAGUAACUCCCAAGAAUAUGGAAAAAUCCUCACUAAAUUUUGGAGACCAACUCCUCAAGAUUGAAAUUGAGCAGAAUUUUUAUUUGAGCGGUCAGAAUCGAUACCUGAUUAAUUCGCUUAAUAAAGCAUCGUCCGUUUCGAAUUGUUGCGAGCUAAAACGAAACAUCUUUUUUUUUUGAAUAGCGCACCUUUUCAUUGAUAUAUGGUUUGGUUGCACUCCGAAUUUCCCGUGUAAAAAAGUUUUUCGAAGGACAUUCGCGAAGGUCUACUAUACUCUUAAAAAUGUUUUCUCCAUGUGAAAAGUUUUGUUCAGCUGGUUGGUAAAUUGUGGAGAUGCUGCAUUUUUUAAAAUUUAUCCUUCUGCAACCUAGGGAAGGUAAUAAAAGUCAUGGGUAGAUGCCAAAGGGUAUGUAGCAAAUAAUCUCCAUUAGCAAUAGUCUAACUCGAGAUCUUAUAAACUCUUUCAUUGUUUCAAAUGUUAUUCUUGAGAUAAUGAUCAAUUUUUUUGCUCGUUUUCUCUUAUACAGUCAUCUUUCAUUUGUUGAUGGAUUUGUCAGGAACAGGUGAGGAAGUGUAAUUCCGAUUUUAACAUCUAUGCGCCUUAAAAUGAAAAAAGAUAAUAUCUGAUUGAUUAUCAUAAUAAUUAGCCAUAGACUUACAGACUUCCUGUUGGGAUUACAUCGGAUUGUGACUCAAAACGUAAGUUGAAAAGCAAAACAAAAAAGUCGUAGAAUAACGGUGCUAUUACCCUGAUCUCCCUUAUUUCCAGUUUUAAAAUCUUUCGCUUCAGUGAUGUAGAGGGUUUUGAUGCCCAUUGUUUGUUAUUAAAAUUAAUAGUGUCAAAAAAUAAUUUCUCGUCUCAAUCAUUAUCAUUAUCAUUAUCACAAUUGUUAUCAUCAGUAUACAUUUUUUCGUUUAUUUAUUCAUUCCUUUAUUUUUUCUCAUAGAGUGCCAAGCAACCUGUUUCAAAAACUCCUCUUACGUAUUUUCGAAAAGUGCAGCAAGAUGGAAUUUCAACUGGUAUGUCUGCUGGUACCAGGGAGGUUACUUAGUCUCCAUCGAAACUGAAGAAGAAUGGAAGUUUAUCAGUAAUGAGAUUAAAAAGCGUGGUACUGGGAAUACUAGUGCAUGGCAUAUUGGUUUAAGGAAGAGAGACGGGAAUUGGACUUGGGAGAGUGGACAACAUCUGAAUAUUUCGAAAUGGCGAUAUUCUGAGCCAGAGGGUAACGACAAUUGCGCGGAAAUAUCCGAGAAUGGAAGCCUCUUUAAUGGUAUCUCUUGGAAUGAUGAAAAUGCCUGCAUUUGCGAGAUGCCCGUAGGUAAGAUCACAUUCCAACCAUAAAGUAUAUUAUGUGCUGAAAUAUUAGAGUCUUGCACUUGUGUCGUGAAAAUUUCUCUUGAUUCUUAAAAGUAAAAAUAUUGUUCACAGAAUAUGCUCAGCUCACCUAACUUGUACGUGUAAGCGAUAAAUGAACUUUCAUGCGCCUAAUAGUGUUUGAACAUAAUACCCAUAAAAAUUUCCGGGACACAUGUUUCAAGAAGCAAUUUGAUCACUCUAGAACUGACCUUUUUUGCAUCGCCUGCAGCUGGAAAAAGAGCGACCGAAAUUGUACAUUUCUCAACUUUUGUCGAGCGUGCUACGGUUGAAAUAAUCUAGCCAACGGAAUUUUUCCGUGACACAAAUUAGAAGUGUUCACUGAGGUCAGUGAGCGUAUGCAUGCUGUUUUGAGCAUAACACAUCGAAGAAUUUUUAUUUUUUGUGUGUGCGUGCGUGGGUGUGUCUGUGUGUGUUUCUUUUACGAGUCAGUGAUAAAUAUGUUAUUCACAGCCGAGAGGUCCGUAUUGGGUAAUACUGUGCCCAGGGUCUUGAGAACCGGCACUUAGGACAGAGUGCCCAGUUUUUCCAAUAAGGGACCGACCUAGGCUGGUGAAUAAUAGUUUUUUUUUCUCUUAAACUCAAAGAAAUGUUUUUAAAAACAACCCUAAUGAUUUAAGGUUAUAAUUAAGGCAAGAUCCUCCAUGAACUGAACAAAUUUUGAGCGAGUGAAUGGUAGUUGAAACAGACAAAGGUAAUGCAAAUUGAAGAGAGGCUUGACCGAGAUAUUUUUAGUGUAGGGAACAAGAUGAUUUAAAAGGCUUCCAUAGAAUUUUGAAACAAUUUAUUUUAACAAGUAUCUGUCACAAUCUGGCACCUGUCAAUUAGAGAUUGCGUAAGACAAAAGCGCAUCCACGCCUUAAAACGACAACAACAACAACAACAGUAACGGCGCUCAGCUCAGCGAGGAACUAAUUUAUUAUUCAAAAACUCAACUACCAAAAUUACACGAAUUCAUAGAUAAUCUUAGCUGAUGUGAAGUCAACCAAUUCAGAAAAGCAGGUCAGAGAUUGCAGACGCCGGAGCGAAGAAAGAUGUAUUGUAUUAAUUUACACUAAAAAAACAUAAUGUUAGAAAAAAGGAAUCAAAUAAGGAAUAAGUCACGUUUUUUAUCUCAUUCAUUUUUCUCCUUUAUUGUGAUUGUGAUGAUAAUCUUAUUAUGUUAUCAUCUUUAUUAUAAUUAUCAUUUUGUUUAUCGUCAUCGUGAUAAUUAGUAUCUUUGUCUUCAUCUUUAUCAUGUUGUAGAAUGCCCAAAUAUAACUUUUAAAAACUCUCGGUACAUAAUUUCGGUGGAUGGAUGGUACUGGCACCUGAACAGAGAUAUCUGCCAGAGUCAAGGAGGGGACCUAGUUUCCAUUGAAACCGAAGAAGAAUGGAAUUUCAUCAAUAACGAGAUUCAAAGGCGGAAUACUUCCAGCUGUAAAAAUAAAUGGAGUAUUGGUUUAAUGAAAGAGGACCGUAAUUGGACCUGGGUGAAUGGGAGACCGCUGACUGUUUCCAAAUGGGGACAAGGGGAGCCAAGUGGUGAACACGACGUUGGUUUCAUGUACAAGCGGUUCAGUAAUGACGAACGGGGCUUGUUUGGUAGUGUUGAUAGGGAAAUUUGGACAAAACAGCACGCUUAUAUUUGUGAGAUUUCCAAUGGUGAGUUAACUUGUCGUUGUUGUUUUUUUUUCUUAAAUGUUCUUUUGAGUAAACUAAAAGGCUCUAGAAGCGAUUAAGUGUAACAAAAACAUUCUUUCCUAACGUUUGUGAUACUCACGACAGAAUAUAUAUAUACUCUGAAAGUCAGGAUCAAGUUUACACUUACCUUUGCUUAAAUGAAAAUAUGUUUCAAUGAACGUUUUAACGAUAUAGAUGUCUAACUUUUAACAUUGUGAGCGGAGGAAAGUUAUAGACGGUCCUGUUACUAUCACUAUUACGAGUAACAGCAGUUGCGAAACUGAUAGUGAAUUCCAAUUGCAAAGAAUCAUCAGUCCAAUUGCUUUGCUAGUUGAUAACGCGUGAUAAUGUGAAUUGCGAUAUCUUUUGUGUGCUAGUGACUCAUGUCAGUUAAGAUACAUGCCGAUUAUCGUUUUAUAAAACAGCUACAGAAGACUUGCAGACUUAUUUGUUCUUCGCAAAGGGGAAUCACUUUUACGUUUAUUGCAUACUAUUUUAAUAUCCAAUCGUUUGAACUGUAAAGUUGUAGGGGCUAAUUUCAAUGCAGCGCAAAAUGUGCGGUGAACAUAAUAAACUGACCAUCCUGCAUCUAAUUCGAAUAUUGCGAGCACUUCGAUCGACCUAGCAACCACUAUUCUGCACCGAGGUUAGUAAGGGUUGCCUCAGUUCUCAUAAUUAUGUUACCACGGGGCGUAGAUACAUUCUUUUGUUUUAAAAAUAGUCAAAACUGAGGUGGAGUUUAAUUGAUAUUCUGCUCACCGAAAAGAUAAACAUAGACAUGCGAAGCAUGUAAGAACUAUUAUUUUGGUUAGGAGGGUUGAGAUGGGACACUUGGUGUUCCUAACGCUUUCAGUUUUAUAACGGAAAAAAGCAUAACUUUUAAAAUAGCGAAAAUAUCGCAUUACUUCACCUAAAAAGAAAGAAAACAAAACCUAAAUUAUCUGAACUUACACUAUUUGUGGUCUAUUGUCUCUGUUGUCUAAAAACCCUCUGAGGAAAAAUAAAAUGCAUCGGUGCCACGCUUACCGUUGUUGUUUGGUCUCGUCACACAAAUAACGGUCGAGAAAGAGAAAGUUUACUGCUGUUCCUAAGACAGCAAGAUCAACAUUAUUCGUCUACAGUUAGUUACCUCAAAAAAGAAUCCUCGUUUUACCACCAAAAGCGAAACGAAACUCCGUAGUAUUUCCAAUAGACCCUAGCCAAAGAUAGAUUGCGAUCUCGAAGAAGUGGAGAUAUAUUGAAUAAGAGAUGAGGAAAGUAUUUUAAAGACGGCUCCUUGGUUCGUUGUUGCCUAUCUGGACUUUGCCACCUGAAUUAAAAUGCGAUGGGAUUAAGCCCAAAGUAGCUAAAAGCGACUUUUAUUCUCACGAAAAGUCAUAACGCGGGAGAAUUACGUACAUAAUUCACUAUCAGUAGCAUUCAGUUUCACGUGAAUUUUUUGGUAUUGGAUAAUGCGGUUCGAAUAAGUGAUAAAAUGCAAGUUGUUUAGGAGGAAAUAACUCGUGAUGGAGAAAAGUCUAAUGAGGCAUAAUGGAAUUUGAUCGGUGGAAUAUAAUUCAAACAACAGAAUACGGAACAAGCUGUUAAAAUAUUGUCUUACAGCUUUUUCAGCUACUAGGGAAAACUCUUCAGAAGAUAUUUCAUUCUCUACUCAUUUAGCGUCUAGUUUCCAAAAAUAACCCAAAACUUUAUCGGAACAUCAAUCACAGAAGACGUGUGCGAACGACUUAGAAAAUGCAAAGGAAACAAUUAAAGUGUUCUGUUUAACCAACAAAACAUCGAGUGCAUUUGAGAGAUUUCAUCGUUCUGAGCGGCCAUUUUGUUGGUAUGCUUUCUGCCUGCAUUUUUGCCAUCAUAGUGUAAAAUUAAGGCAAUUUUAUCUUAUGAUAUGGUCUUAAGCUUUAUUUUUCUUUAAAGAUUCAUCAAUAUCUACAUCACCCUUACCAUCGUCGCCAUUGCUAUUGCCGUUACCAUCGCAAUCGCUGUCACCAUCGCUCAUGCCAUUGCCCUCACCAUCGUUAUCGCCAUCAUCAUCACACUCGCCAUCCCCCUCGCCAUCGCCAUCGCCAUCGCCAUCGCCAUCGCCAUCGCCAUCGCCAUCGCCAUCGCCAUCGCCAUCGCCAUCGCCAUCGCCAUCGCCAUCGCCAUCGCCAUCGCCAUCGCCAUCGCCAUCGCCAUCGCCAUCGCCAUCGCCCUCGCCCUCGCCAUCGCCCUCGCCAUCGCCCUCGCCCUCGCCCUCGCCAUCGCCCUCGCCAUCGCCCUCGCCAUCGCCCUCGCCAUCGCCCUCGCCAUCGCCAUCGCCCUCGCCCUCGCCCUUACCAUCGUCGUCACCGUCGCCCUCACCAUCACUGUCGCCAUCGCUAUUGCCGUUACCAUCGCAAUCGCUGUCACCAUCGCUCAUGCCAUCGCCCUCACCAUCGUCAUCGCCAUCACCAUCACACUCGCCAUCCCCCUCGCCAUCGCCAUCACCCUUGCCAUCGCAAUCGCUGUCACCAUCGCUCAUGCCAUCGCCCUCACCAUCGUCAUCGCCAUCACCAUCACACUCGCCAUCCCCCUCGCCAUCGCCAUCACCCUUGCCAUCGCAAUCGCUGUCACCAUCGCUCAUGCCAUCGCCCUCACCAUUGUCAUCGCCAUCACCAUCACCCUCGCCAUCCCCCUCGCCAUCGCCAUCGCCAUCACCCUUGCCAUCGCAAUCGCUGUCACCAUCACACUCGCCAUCCCCCUCGCCAUUGCCAUCACCCUCGCCCUCGCCCUCGCCCUCGCCCUCGCCAUCGCCAAUGCCAUCGCCAUCGUCAUCGCCCUCACCAUCGCCAUCGCCAUCGCCAUCGCUCUCGCUCUCGCUCUCGCCCUCGCCCUCGCCCUUACCAUCGUCGUCACCGUCGCCCUCACCAUCACUGUCGCCAUCGCUAUUGCCGUUACCAUCGCAAUCGCUGUCACCAUCGCUCAUGCCAUCGCCCUCACCAUCGUCAUCGCCAUCACCAUCACACUCGCCAUCCCCCUCGCCAUCGCCAUCACCCUUGCCAUCGCAAUCGCUGUCACCAUCGCUCAUGCCAUCGCCCUCACCAUCGUCAUCGCCAUCACCAUCACACUCGCCAUCCCCCUCGCCAUCGCCAUCACCCUUGCCAUCGCAAUCGCUGUCACCAUCGCUCAUGCCAUCGCCCUCACCAUUGUCAUCGCCAUCACCAUCACACUCGCCAUCCCCCUCGCCAUCGCCAUCACCCUUGCCAUCGCAAUCGCUGUCACCAUCGCUCAUGCCAUCGCCCUCACCAUCGCCAUCGCCAUCACCAUCACCCUCGCCAUCCCCCUCGCCAUCACCAUCACCCUCGCCAUCCCCCUCGCCCUCGCCCUCGCCCUCGCCCUCGCCCUCGCCCUCGCCCUCGCCCUCGCCCUCGCCCUCGCCAUCGCCCUCGCCAUCGCCAUCGCCAUCGCCAUCGCCAUCGCCAUCGCCAUCGCCCUCGCCAUCGCCAUGGCCAUCGCUCUCGCCCUCGCCAUCGCCCUCGCUCUCGCCAUCACCAUCGCCAUCGCCAUCCCCAUCCCCAUCGCCAUCGCCAUCGCCAUCGCCAUCGCCAUCGCCAUCGCCAUCGCCAUCGCCAUCGCCAUCGCCAUCGCCAUCGCCAUCGCCAUCGCCAUCGCCAUCGCCAUCGCCAUUGCCAUCCACACUGCCAUCGCCAUUGCCAUCGCCGUCGCCGUCGACAUUGCCAUCGACAUUGACAUUGCCAUCGCCAUUGCCCUCAGCCUUGUCCUCACUCUCGUCAUUGCCAUUGCAUUCACCGUCGCCAUCCACGUCGCCAUCGCCAUCGCCAUUGUCGCCUAUCCGUCGCCGUCGCCGUCGUCAUUGCCAUCACCAUCGCCAUCGCCAUUGCAAUCGCCUUCGCCAUUGUCGUCUUCGCCGUCGCCGUCGCCAUCGCCAUUGCCAUCACCAUCGCCAUCGCAAUCGCCCUCGGCAACGUCCUCUCGCUCGUCAUUGCUAUUGCAAACAGCAUCAUUGUCAUCGUUGUUAAGGGCACUGGUAUGUGUUCCAAAUAUGUCUCUGCAUGUUUCUUUUCAGGACCUGCACGGUUUAUAAAUUUGACAGACACUUUUUUAAUUUAUUUAUUCCAGGAAAAUGAGUAUGUUUUAAAAUUUGACGAACUAAUCAAUACCAGAAGGAGUACCAUAGAGGUAUACAAUUUUCAUAAUAAAAAUUCAGGCUCCUAAAAGAGUUUUGUAGCAAUUGAAACCCUAAACAUCAGUUGAGGCCUCAGGCUAGGCUCUAUCUGCAUUCUUAGUACGAAUUGUCUAUACGAGACAGGCUAAUUAAGAUCUGGAAAUAUUUUAAUAUGUAACUGUAGGAGGCUGUAACUAUGUUUGAAGAUUUCAUCAUAAAAAUCAAGAACGUCACAAAAGACAAGGCUGGCAUGGAAGAGGUUAAAACGCUAAGAAUAUCCAUCUUUAAAGUGGCAAAAGCCUUCGAGAAAUUUGCCCUUAAUUAUGGCAAGCAACACCUGAGCGGAAUGAGACCUUUCGAGAGGUUCGUUUUCCCAAAAAUAGGUGAGGUUACGGCCUACAAUUCUGUUUAGUUUUAAAGUGUAUUCCUCUGUUACUUACUGACUUGCUGACCAACGGACUGAGUUGUGUUAGUUCCUAGACGAUGUAAGAACUCACUGUAAACCUAACCUUUUAGAAAUGUUGUUGUAUGCCAUCGACUCAUUUGUUUUUUUAAAUUUCUUUGACGCUUUAAUUUUUUGCAGUGGAGAGGAAAAUUAGAGGUAUUCUUGAACAAUCAAGAAGAGAAAAAAGGAAUCCUUCAAAAUUUUAAAACCCUUCUUCUCGCUCUGUUUUUGCAAUUUAUCCUUAAUAAUAAAGUAUAUUUGUGAGCAGAAAUUACUACUGGAAUAAUCAAAUCUUGCAAAUAUUUCCCUUUACUUCAUACUAUGCACUGAGCUCAAAAUUGGCAUAUCGUCUGCGAUGUAUAUAAAUCCCUGCUUUUUAAGCGCACUGGUAAAAACUCCCUAAUGAACGCUAAUUUUCUCUGCUGAAACGGGGAUGGCAUUUCAGAAAUGAUUUUUCACAAUUUUAGUCCGUGUAGAACUACUCACAUUUUUAUUCAGUUUUCCUUUAAAAAAGCGUUUUUAAAAUGGUUGUAUUCGUUGGAGAGUCAUGAAAGGGUAAAUACAAUACAAACAAUACACGUCCAUCCAAUAUGAUUAUAAACUAUACCGCAAAACGUAUGUUGUCUAUAAGUAUUGUUUUUCCGACAGUUUUGGUAAUUCAAAAAGCCUAUCACUUGAAUGCGAGUGACUUCAGCCUUGAGGUACAACAAUGGCAUACGAGAAUCAAUAUUGCCUCUUCAAACUUUGAGGAAAAUGGUUCGUAUUAAAUAAGGUGUUACCUAUACAGCUUUUAGUUGCCUUAAUUUCUUUAGUGGAAUUUUAUAUAUCGAGAUAAAACCUUAAGAAUGAGCUUCAUUAGUUUACAUAGUCUAUUUUCUUCAUCAUCCGCCUUCCUUCUGAUGUCACAUCCUCAGAGCCUAAAGAAAAUUUGAAUAUUGCGUGCUUUUUGCUGUUUCAUUCCUUUUUUUGUUGUUUUUGGGGGUUAAGGAUCAUUGGUAGUUGCGUUCGUGUACAAGGAUCUGCAUGACCUACUUCUGACAGAUCAAGCUAUCAGGAGUGAAACAGACAACAAAAGGUGAUGCUAUUUUCCUAUUUUUGUAUGUCGCUUUCCAUGGAAAUACGUAACACGGAAACACAUAAGAUCUACGUUCAACUAACCUGAACUUAGACACUUUCCAAAACCUUAACUGGAGUUGGAAGUUUCCCUGCCUGUCUCAGACCAUUCCACCUUCAUGAAAAAUUCGCUUCAAUCUGUCAAAGGUACACGAUGUUACUUCUUUGGUUCUGAUUUAUUUUUAAAUAAAUUUCCUUCAUAGUUAUAUCAACUCCAAGAUAAUGGCCAUAGCUAUGGACCCCAAGCCAAACAAGUUGCGAGUAAAUGUCAUCCUAAAGUUCGAAAAUCUGAAGGUAAAAUUAAAAUAAGUUGUUAUGCAUUGUUUUGAUUUAUUUUGAAAUGAUAAAAUCUAUUUUCAGGUUUCGACAGCAGAGAAGCGUUGUAUGUUUUGGAGUGGCUUUAACACAAGGUAAAAAACUGCAAUAUAUUAUUGUAUAGUAUUUAUUCAUUGUUCAGGUUAACAAUUUCCUGGAAGCUAAGAUGUUGUCUUUUUUCGUAAAGUCCGACUAAAAUGUUCUCCCAACUAAGACACUACAACUAUAACGUAAAAUUACCGAACAUCACCUCUUCCCCAAACAAUGUUUAAUUUUGUGCGCUUUGUUAACUUUACUUUUUUUUUAGGUCAGAAGGCUUUUCAGAGGAAGGAUGCCAUGUAGUUUCAUUAAAAAGCAAUUCAGAAGAAACAGUUUGCAGCUGCAAUCAUUUGACGCAUUUUGCCGUCUUAAUGAACCACGACGGUAGCACAAAGGUAAUCAAAAGCCAAAAUAAUUUAACUAACAUUUAACUAACUCAAUGUUCUUAUUUAAAUUUUUUCUUUUUGACACAGCUCGCCGAAGAGGACGAAACAGCUCUGAAAAUUAUCACCCACGUCGGACUAAGCCUUUCCAUCGUCGGGAUCCUUUUAACAUUAAUACUUUAUUCUUGCCUCACGUAAGUAAUGUACCUGAAUAUCAGUGAGGUAGAUUCCCUCAACUAUGCUAGAGAGAAAAGAGAUCUCAGUGCAAAUCUCCAUGCCAAUAAAAACACGCAUGUCGGGUAACUCAAAAAUUCAAAUUACAUUCCAUGCCCCAUAAAGAACGCUUGAACAACUCAUAGUUUCAUUGUUUAUGAAUUGCUUAUGGUUUAGUCAUUUCCCCCGUGAUACUUUCUUUUUUUGUACUUUCUGGAGCUAUUUACUGAGUUUUUUUCUUUCAUUUGCUGUCAGAAUUUUACUUGAUUUCUUUGGCCAUAUUUUACUGUACCAUAUAAUUAAUUCAAUUCUCUUCUUUUUUGUGCUUAGUGUCUUUAGUUUGUUGUUGUUAUUGUUGUUGUUGCUUUUCUCUAAUUCACUAUUUUUUUUUUUUUACUAUUAUUACUUCUUUUUUUUUACUAUUUCAUCAGAGAUGUUGGUCAACCUCUCUCUCAAAUUCGAAUGAGUGUUUCUAUGUCCCUUGGAGCUGGACAGAUCAUCUUCCUCGCCGGAAUAAACGCCACAGAAAACAAAGUUAGUGGCCCCUUUUUCUAUCCAUGGAACGAAUUUCCCCGUUGCACCGUAAAUAUCUUGUCGAAAGGAGCGUCAUAAGUAUACGAAAACUCUUUCUUUCCACAGGCUGCCUGUGUUACAAUAGCAGCUCUGAUGCAGUAUUUCUUGAUGGCCGCUCUCUGUUGGAUGCUGAUAGAGGGAAUAUUUCUCUACCUUUUCGUUGUGAAAGUUUACAACAUCAACAGCAAGAUGUACAUGUAUCACGUCAUCUCAUGGGGUAAGUCCAUUAUUUCACAACAUACACUAGUGACUGUAACCAUGCUUUCGGAUCACCAAAUAUGAUGUUGUCAUCCAGCGAAGUUUUACGAUUUCCUUCCUUUCUCUAUGGGUAGGUCUUCCAGUGAUCAUGGUGGCCAUGUCACUUGGCAUCGCUGCUGGAAAAGGAGGGUUACAAAGCUACACGAGUGAUAAAUAGUAAGAAAAAAAUUCAAGGGUUUCUUCUUACUCUUCUCCUUUUAAUUUGUUGCAUUUAAUUGUUUGUUUUGUUUUUGCACAUAUUUUGAAAUUGGCAUCAUUUCAUUCGCUAAAAAUUUGUGUUUCUUUCCUGUGUUUCACUUCUUCGAGUUUAGUUGCUGGCUUUCCUCGACUAACAACCUGAUCUGGAUAUUCGUCGCCUUUGUAGCUUUCAUUGAAAUUGUGAGUUUAUGAUUCGUGUUGGUGAUUGUGAUUGGUUUACCAGGACUACUUGCUGCUAAAGAUUUUUUUCUCUGCUCUUUAAAAAACGAUUUAAAUAUUUAUGAUAUGACCCCACACAAUGUUAACCAUUUUUCUUUUCCUAUUUACUCACAACAAACUUUGGACGUAGCUGCUGUUUGCGAGGAUGCUUGUCGAUUUUAACCUAUUGAUGGCCUUUAACAGCGAGAAAAACCUGUUGAGACAGUGUAUUUACAAGCAUAGGAUAGCUUCAUAAAUUAUCCAACUUUUAGUACAUAGUAUGAAGAAAAAAAAUUCCUUCCCCCCUGUUGAUGGUUUCUCACUGUUUCACAUUGAUAUAUAAAGAUUUUUUUCGCGCAAGAAUAACUAAAAAAAAAUACAUUGAACAGGAAGAAAGGAACAGGAAGAGUAGAAGAUAGUAAAUUGAUAUAAUUUAACGCUAGGAUUCACUUGACAUAGUUCAUUCAGUUUAGACACUUUAGUUCGCGAUUUCUUUAGCUCAUUGUCAGAUAAUCGAAGCUCAUAAUCUAGGUACCCCGGUUGAGAGUUCUAUUUCCUGUCAAUGACUCUUUUAUCCCAAGCUUGUUACCAAACUAGUAACGUCUCUGUCAAGGAUCCUCUCCUGCUUUGGCUACUCGAUAACCAUAUCUAGAUAAUCAAUUUAUUUCUAUUGUAUUCUUCAGCUCAACAUCUUGAUACUCAUACGAGUCAUAAGGGAGAUGACCAAUUUGUUGCAGCCAACAGGGGAAGACAACCAUCUUCAGCAAAUAAGGUAAGAUUUACAACAUAAAACUAAAACAAUAUAGCCUCCUGUGAGGCUAUAUUCCUCAAACUUCCCCUUUCAUUAAUCAGUCAGGCCUUACUAUAUCUAACAAUGAAAAUCCAUUGUCAACGAAAGUUAUGGAAUAUUUUUUCUUAAUUCCUAGAAUUGGCAUCAAAGCAAGCGUGGUGAUGAUUCCCUUGCUGGGUGUCACGUGGCUAUUCGGUCUCCUCUCGCCUGUACAUAAAGCUUUCGCUUACAUCUUCACCAUACUUAACUCUGCUCAGGUCAGUGUUCGAUGACAUCUCUCAAAAUCGUUUAAUAUCUAUUAUGUUACUUUCUAACCAAGUGAGACACCGUUACAAUGGUCAUAUGAUAUUUUUUGGAAUUUUGAAAACAGAAAGCUGUUAACUAUGCAAGAGAAGACAGACUUCUUUUUCCAUUAUAAGAUAUGCAAUUUUCCUUCCUUCUUGGAAAUCUUAAUAGAUAUCUGACUAAUUUAUUUGCAUAUUGUAAAAAUUAAUGAUCUUGAAAUCAUAUUUAUGCUGCAGGGUUUCCUGAUUUUCGCUCUACACUGUAUGCGAAACACUCAGGUAAGAAAAAACAUCAAACUGAUUAUUAACUUUUAGUAUUUCGAUAGAUAUCCGAGUACUAGUACUAAGAACCGUAUUGCUUGUCUAUCUGCAGAUCAAAGAGCGACUCAAAAGAAAAAUGAAUAUCAUUUUUCCAUCUUCUAUAAAGAACAACUAUUCAAGGAAGAGCUCACGGGUCAAUCCAAGUGAGGUUGGGGAUAUAUGGGCAGUCGAAUUGCAGUCUUUUGCUAAAUUUGAAUCGAAAUCGCACUUAACUUAAAUAAUUGGAUAUAGCCAACCGGAAAAGACCGUCAAUUUCUUGGUACAAACACUUAGUUAACAGCGAUUAGUCGGUUGCGAUCGGUCUGAGUUACGAUCUGCAGCUAAAAGAGGUCAUUCUGUUCAUCUUUGUUUAAGCACCCAACUAGUUGUAAACGUAACCUAACUUCUUCAUGAUUAUAAGGUUAUUCUCUCGGCAAUCGGAUAGAUGCGGGCAAGAUUCGACGACAUAAACCAAUCUAACAAUUUAAAUUUCUAAUGGCUCAGUAUGCCGACGACUGUCCUUCGAAUAAGGUUACAAUAACACUACCAAUAUAGUUAUAUUGUAAGCUUCCAGAAUUUUCUGGAAUACUUUGUACAUAAGGACUGAGUCGUGUAGCAGUAGUACUUGUUGUUGUCGGGAGUGACUGAUUUUUCAGAACGCUGUACCGAAAGAGAGCUACUGUGGAAGAUUAUUAAUUUAGGUGAACUUUGGAGAAAACUGUGAGAUUGUGUCAAUACUGAGCUAAGAUAUAGUUUGUAGUGGGCUUCUUUAAGUUUAUUUAAGGAUAAUUACUCUACUUCCUUUAGGAGUCGCUCAUUGAUAUGAAUAUUACAAGUUGUUUAAUAAAGUAGUUAGGUUUGUUGAUAAAUAAUGCUCUUUCUGUCGGUUAAAUUGUACUGUAACAAAUUAUACUAAUAGUAUUAGUGGCUGACAUUCAAAUUUGAUGCUUAAUGAAUAAGUAGAUGAAUACGUAAAUGUUUCAAUAAAUAAACAAACAACUAAUUUGGAAAGAACAGAAAAAACCCCUAUGGCUGGAUCUUUUGUGGAUCAGUAACAUUUAACCAUUUUUUUUUCACAUUCCUAAAAUAAGGAGUAUCGUUGUGAAUCAAUAAUACAACGAUUAAUUUGGAAUUAAAUUGGGGCAAUGUUAGGCGGAAAUGGCAUAAACCAAGAGAUUAUAAACUAUUCGGCAUACAUUAUUAAAGAACGAUUAAAGAACUUUUAUGCAGCGUAGACUAUUUAAAGGAAAAAGCUCAGCGACAGAAAUAUGGAAUAUUUCCAUGGGCCUGGUUUUCAAAUAUCACUACAGCGGAGACGUAACACUGAAGAGGAAUUUCGACAAGCAGGAGAAGGAGUCGAUUAUGUAGAUGUGUGUGACAGUUUGCAACAGUCUAGGUUACGUCAAACCCAUUUAUAAACAAACAUGAAUGACGAAGCGUACGAUUAAGACGGAAGAAGUAAAAAUAAGAAUUUUUCUGGGCUAUACAAGAAAAUUUCUCUCGACACCACUCAAAUGCGAUAGGUCAAAACGCUUCAAGCUUCGAUUGACUAAAUAGAUCGCAGCUAACUCGGGAAUAUUCGAGAAUAGAAAAUCAAUUAUUCCAUGAGCGUGGAGAGAUACUGGGAGAGUAGAAUGUCUCGCCCACAGAGCACAUCAUUAUGACCCAAGAACGUCUUGCACAAAGAGCUUUUGACCUCCCCGCUCCUUCUAAAAUGUUGUAAUUCGAACAUUUGGACACAAAAGUGAUGGUUUGCAUGAUAAUAAUGCGUGUUAAUUGACACAUGAGCGAGUUAGUCCAUCAAAGUUAAAGGCGUACGAAUUAAAUAGACCCACCAACUGAAACGUAUGGCAUGUCAUAGGCGAGAUGAAUAAAUAAUAAUCAUUUCCAUUAUUUUAUGCAUACGAACAGAUGGCGUAAUAGCUUUAGCUACCAGUCGAUAAAAAGAAGUUUAUUCGACACAACUUUCAUUUAGCAGAGCUCAAACAGAAAUAAUCAUUUUAAAGUCAAUUAUUUUUGAGCUGCUUCUUUACAAAACUUCAACUACAAAAAGUGUCUUAAUGCCGUGAGGUUUUUCGAUUGUAUUAAGAAAACAAUGCUCCGCAUCUGGUGUAAGUUGCUUUUUGUCUAUUGGUCAGUCUUUGACAGAAAAAUAAAAAUGGAGACUAACGCCAUGAAUAUGCAAUCACAGAUCAUGAUUUGCAUCAAAUUCAAACUCGUACCAAAGCGUUUUAUGAGGACGUCGCAAACUCAAAACUCUCAAGCGGGGUGAAUCAAAUUUAAGUGCAGCGAUAGCUCCUAAGAGCAACCUUUGCUUACUUUGGGCAUGAUGAAGUAGAUGAUAAAUGGAGCUGAAUUCGGCAAAAUUUUCAAAACCCUUUUAAUGUGUUCUGUGCUGGGUAAGUACGACACUAGUUAUUCCCCUUUGUUCUGCUGUAGCUACGAAACUGUCGAAACUGACUUUCCAAUCUAUGAAAUAUUUAUUUCCAUUUUAAACCUACGGAACUCUGAUAACAAAAGAUACCAAACUCUACACAUGUCCUUUCUAAACUAUUUGUUAAUCAUUAAAGCAAAAGUUUGGGAUCUUUGUAUUAUCAUUAUUAUCAUUAUUAUUAGUUUCUCGAUAUUAAUCGCCUUCCGCAUAAUGCCAAAUGAUUGAAUUGUGUGAUGAGUACAACUAAAUCCGGCAAAGUGUGCGAAACCUUUUUUAAUAAGUUGUGCGCUAGGUAAGUACCACCUUAAUUAUAUCUUGACUUUCCAUUUGUGAAAUUCAGCCAAACGAAACAGAGAGGUGGCGGUUAUUUGACACUGUUAAUUAAAACAAAACAAAACAAAACAGACUCUAAAGAUGUCUGCAUUAAACUCUUAAUUCUUAAUCAGAGUAGGAUCUCUUAUAAACUGGAUUCCUAAAGCCUAUUAGAUUCCAUAUAGUGCAAAGUAAUCAAAGAUCAAAUAGCACAGGCGAGACAUCCAUGCGGUGGUCAUGUUAUUUGCGUCAUGGUUGUCUGUACAACAGCUUUGGCAGCCAUAUUUAGGAUGACAGGAACACAAUAGCUUAGUUGCUAUCGUUUUAUGCCACCACUACGACAAGAUGUCAAAAGGGGGAUACGUCUUCUCUUCAGAUAGGUGCUGAACGUUCGACGUGCUUAGACGAAAGAUCGGAUUAAUUAUCAGGGUCCACUUCAAAUGGCCCGUUUAAAAAUUCUGUCCGAAGGACGUUCGCGAGGGUCCACUGUAUCCUUAAAAAUGUUUCCCUCGUGUAACAAGUUUUGUUCGGCUGGUUGGUAAAUUGCACAGAUGCUGUACUUUAUUUAAAUUUCUCCGUCUGCUCCCUGAGGAAGGAAAUAAAAAUCAUGGGUAGAUGUUACAGGGC